CUCAGUUACUAUUCAGCAUUUAAAGCAAUAUAGUCUCAGCAUGUUUGGUCAAAUUUUCUCGAAAGAUUUAAACAAAAAUAUUGAAUUUAUUCCUUACAACUCGACGUAUUAUGAUCAAACUAUUGAAGUCAUUAGAAAAGCUUUCUUUAAGUACGAGACUGUGAGUGUUGGAAGUGAAAUUGACCAGAAUGUAGAAGCACAAAGAGAUUUAGAAGGACUUUGUGAUGAUGCCUUAAAAAAGAGUGAUGUAAGCAUUAUUGCUAGAGAUGUUGAGUUAGAUAAAAUUGUGGGUGUCGCCAUCAAUGUAAAACAGACAAAGCAAGUCGGAUCUGAUGAAAAGUCUUAUUUUGAGAGAAUCAGUGAUGAAUGCAAGACAAAAAGUGCUAAAUCACUAAUGAACUUCAUGAUAGCAGCUGAUGCAAAAGUUGAUUUAUUUGAGAAAUUUAAUGUGGAUUCAUUAUUUGAAAUUAUGUUUCUGGCUGUUUUGAAAGAAUACGGAAGACAAGGAAUUGGAUAUGAAUUAUGUAAAUAUUCAAUAGAUAAUGCAAAAAACAAUGAUCUUAAGCUAAUAUCAUCAUUAUUUACUGGAAGAAACACGCAUGCAAUUGGCAGGAAGUUGGGAUUUGAAGUUGUUUUCGAGGAAUCAUUCAACAAUUAUUCAUUCAAUGGUAAAACAUUUGCUGAAAGAUGCUGUGAUCCUGAAUUGACAUAUCAUCUAGCUGCCAAAUCUCUUUGAAAAUUGCAAUUAUUAAGUCUUGCUAUAAUUACCAACCAGCAUAUAAAGUAAGCUCAAAAACAAACAAUUUUUUAAAAUCCUUAAAAGAUUAUGUCAAACAAAUUUUUAAUUUUUUAUACUAUAAGCUUAUAACAUCUAAAAUUUAUGUUCUCGUCUUUUUUUUACACAUUUUAAAAAAGC